AUGUCUAAGUUAAAAUGUGAUAAACUACAUAGAAUUAAUAAUAAUAAUGAAAAUAUUAGAAAAAUUAAUAGUUCUAUGUCUAUUAUAUAUUCUACAAUAAGAAAGAAUAUAUAUUAUAUGAAGGAAGGAACAAAAUUGUAUUAUUCCUUAGUAAAAAUAUUAUUAAUUACGUUUUUUAUUUGUAUAUUUACAAGAUCGAAUCAUGGUGAGUUUUAUGAGAAAUGGAAAAAUAAGCCUAACAUAAAAAGCAUAUGUGGUAGAAGACUUAAUAGAUCCUUGUAUGAAUUCCAAAUAAGUAAUAAUUCAAAAUAUUUUAAUAAUGUUAAUGGAAAUAAUCAAAAUAUACAAAUUGAUAAUUAUAAUAAUGUGAUAGAUUAUUUGGAUGAUUAUUCCCAAAAUGAUGUUUUAAAUAAUCCUGAAUCGAUGAACAUAAAUAAUGAAAUAAUAAAUACAAAAUGCAAUGUCCUAUUAAGAAAACAAAGAGUACUAUAUGAAGAAAAAGCAAAUGUUGUUUUAAGAAGUGAAGGUGCUUCAGAAACAUUAGGAGAUAUUCGUAAUAAAUUAAAAACAAGAACAGAGACAACUAAUGGAAAUAUAUAUGAAAGUGGGUUGUAUGGACCAAUGAAAGGAAAAAUAGAUAAUUUAAGUAACAAACCAACUGAUCUUAAAAGAACUAAUAAUACAGAUUAUGGAACAAAAUUAAGAACUCCUAUGAAUGUAAGUGAUAAUAUAAAAAGUAAUAUAGGGGAACCUGACCCAAAGACUAAAGUUAUUAAUUUAAAAAAUUCUGGCGUAAGUAAAUCACGUGUAGUUGAAUAUGAAGUAGUUCCUAAAAUAGUUACAACUAAAGAUGAGGGGAAUAGAAAAAUUAACAGAGUUGAAUAUGAAAUAAGAGCAAAAUAUGAUACUACAAAAAAAAAUGAGGAAAAUACUAAUGAUACAACAACAAAUGAUACAUCAUCUAAUAUGGAAACAAAAAAUGAACCAACAAUGAAAAAUCCAAAUGUUACAAAUGAUAUGACGAAACCAAAAAUGGAUACUACAAAACAAAGUACUUUAAAUAGUAAAAGUAAUAAUAUGAACAGUGUCAAAUCAAACGUUACUACUUCUAAAGAAACUCCAUUAGAAAAACCAAGUAGUACUAUUGAAAACAAGGGGGGAAAUAAUCCAUUUAUGGAUAAUGAUCUAUCAGAUAAAAAAGGUAACAUGCAAGAUAAUAACAAAGGAUUAAAGGCUACAACUAAUAAAACUAAUGUUAAAAAUAAAUUAGGAGAUAAUACAAAACAAACGAAUCAAGGUACUAAUCCAUUUGUAGAAGAUGAUGUAUCAGAUAAGAAAGAUAAGAUUCAAGAUAAUAAUAAAGGAUUAAAGGCUACAACUAAUAAAACUAAUGUUAAAAAUAAAUUAGGAGAUAAUACAAAACAAACGAAUCAAGGUACUAAUCCAUUUAUGGAUGAAGAGGAAUUAGAAGAGCUACUUAGACGUGAAAGAGAAGAAAAGAAUAAAAAUGAGAAAAAAAAAAAUGUAGGUGAUAAUCAAAAUAAAAAAAGUAAUGCAGGUGUUCAAAAUAAAACAAAUAAACAAAAUAAAUUAGAUACGCAAAAUGGAAAGAAUGAAAAAAAUAUUCCAAAUAAAUUAGAUACACAAAAUGGAAAGAAUGAAAAAAAUAUUCCAAAUAAAUUAGAUACACAAAAUGGAAAGAAUGAAAAAAAUAUUCCAAAUAAAUUAGAUACACAAAAUGUAAAAAAUGAAAAAGAUUCUCCAAAUAAAUUAGAUAGUCAAAAUGUAACAAGUAAACAAAAUAUUCCAAAUAAAUUAGAUACACAAAAUGUAAAAAAUGAAAAAGAUACUCCAAAUAAAUUAGAUAAUGAGAACAAAGAAAAUACACAAAGUAAUAAAAACGUAAAUGCGAAAAAAAGUGAUAUUGGAACAAAUGGAAAAUCAAACAUAGAGACAUCUCAAGAUAAACAAUUAACUACAAAAAACAAUGACGAAAAUAAGAAUUCUGUAAAGAGUUCAAAGUUUAAAGACGCUUUAUUAGAAGUAACCAAAGAUAUUGAAAAUGGAAUUAGUUCAGAUAUGCUUAAUAAAAAUCAAAAAGGAAAUCAAUUAAAAAGUGAAUCUUUAAAAAAAAAUGAAUUAGAAAAUAAAAAUACAAAAAAUAUGGAUGGUAGUAAAAAUGUAUUUGAAAAAGGAUAUGAUCUAAAAACAGAAUCCAAAAGAGAUUUUAACAUAUCACAAGAAAGUGGUUUAGAUUAUACAGAUGAAUAUAAUGGAGAGUUUAAUAAAGAGUAUGAUAGUUAUUCUGAUAUAGGUUCAACAACUAUGGAAUACGACGAAUAUUACAAUGAAAGUUACAAUUCAGAUGAUUACGAUGAUAAUUAUGUAGGAAAUCCAAUGAAAUUAUUUACAAGUGAUAUAAUGAAUAAUUAUGGAAAUAUUAAAAGUGGAUUAAAACAUAAUACAAAUAAAAUUGCAAAGACUGUGUUAAAAGGUAUAGAUGAUGAAGAGUCAUCUAAUAAAGGAAAGAAUGAAAAUAAGAAUAAAAAAAAAAAAGAUAAAAUUGUAAUUGAUAAGGAUGAUACAUCUGAUAAUGUUUCUUUGAAUUCAACGGAUCCAGAAUUAUAUUAUAAUAAUGAUGAUUAUUAUGGAAACGGUAAUGAUUAUGCAAAUGGUAGUUAUUAUGAUAGUGAUAUGUACAGCAACAGCGAUGAUUCUGAAAGUGGUGAUGAUAAUCCUAUUACAGUGCUCGCAUCAGAAAUAGUUGAUGCGUGUGGAAAUAUAAAAGGGGGUGCAUUAAAAGUUAAAGAUUUGAUUACUGAAGGAGGACCACAACUUUUAGAUUUGACAGCAAAUGUUGUGGGGACCAAGACAAAAGAUGGAUUUAACAAAGUAAAAGAAAUUGUUACUAAGAAAUGUGGUAUGGAUGUAGAAUCCGAUAUCGAUAUAGAGACUGAAACGAAUCCUAUGAAAUGGUAUAAUGUAUUAAUCAACAAAUAUAGAAAGUUACAUUUUGGUUGGAAGUUGUUUGUAAAUAUAGCUCCAGCGGGGGUAUUAGGAAUUAUAGGAAUUUUAACUGCUGCAAGUGUAUUUAGUACAGGAUCAACAGCAUUAUGUGCAAUACCAUUUGUAGCAAUGGCUGCAAUUUUAUUUUUUCAGGUGUAUAGAUUAACCAAAAAAAUUUAUUAUAAUAAAAAAAAAAAAAGUGUUAAACAAAUAUUUUAG